AAAAUGGUCAGACUUCUCGCUUCAGUGUUCCUUAUCUCCACUAUCACCCUGGCCACCGUAUCAGCUCAAGCUAACCGGGCAAAAGUAUGCCAGAAGGCUGUUAAUCUUGGUGUAACCUUCUACACGGCCAAGGAACUGGAGCCGAUUCUUGCAUGUAUCGAGCCAACGCUUUAUGCCACACCUGAAGACACCGACGCUAUUAUUGCAAAGGGAAAGUCGUGUGUGAUCAGCAACAGUAUGAGCAAGGCUAUUCCAGCAAUGAAUCUGUACAGCGGGUUCAACAGCUGCACCGACCUAAUGGCCCUAAUCGACAAAUUGAUGAAGCCAUUCAUGAAUCAAUGCAAGCAAGUGAUCAACAAAUGCCUCAAGGUCCUGAACAACUGCAAGGCUAACAACAAACAAACUGGAGUCAAGAAACAGAACGCCUGUAUGAACAAAGUAUGGGGACAGGGUAUUGCUAUGGUUACCAAACAAUUCGUCAAUAAGGUGUGCACGGCUCUUUCCAAAAAGAUGACUGCAAAGGAAUGGAAUUGCUGCAAGACGUAUGCUGUGAAGGUUGUCGAUGUCAAGCCAUACAAGUGCUACCUUAUCGAGAAAUAAGAAGGAACUUUUGAUCAUUUGAUAAUGCCUCGAAAUUGACCUUCCCGUUUUAGUGAAUAAAUGUUUGAGAGCCUU